CUCCAUGAUCGUGAAAGUUACUGAUUUAAGAUUCCUUCGCCAGAGUGCAAACGUCAUCGUCGUUUUAACCUAGACCACGUGACAUAGCCACGGGUACGUAUGAUUGCGUCACACGUGGUUGCUGAUGACGUCGCAGUCUGUGUUUCUGUCGUUUACGUUCGUCCACUAGGUGUGUAGAAACCAAACGUCAUGUCGUUAGCUCUCAUCGAGCGGCCAGCGCCGAAAUCAUGUCGUUACCGCCAUGCGAUCCUUUCCAACGUGAUCGUCGUCGUACUGCGGUCGUCACAGUCGUACUCUCGCGGCACAGGCGCACACGCACACUGUACUUCGCAUAACGUCCAUUUGCGGAGUGCGUGGGGUCCGCGCAAUCUUUUAAUGUACUUUUUUUGUUAUCAUCAACCAGCCCGACAAGUGAGCAACCUUGCUUAGAAAAAACAACAACAAAAGACGAAAAGUACAAUAAACACGUGAAUGGUUGCAAAAAAAAAGUCCGGAGGUGUGCACAGAAAAAACGAGUCUCCGGCGUGAAGCGCGCGAGAGAAAAAGAAAGAGCGGUAGAACACAUCAUCCGCUUUAUCAUCGCGGCACGUGACCACGCGUUCAGCCAGGUUCUCGAAGCGUGAUAAUCUAUGGUAGCUUUGUAUUUGUGGUGAAUUGUCGUUUUGGUUGUUUUAAGUGUGUCUCCAUUGGCUACAAUUACGCGUCGAAUCCGCUAACACUGAGCACAACUCAUUAUACGUACGCGCAUUUAAAUUUUUUUUCUCGAUCUUACGUGUCGCCCCAAAAUUUAUAGUCUCACUGGGGUCACCCUGCCACCAGGUUCUGAUGUCACUGGCAAUCGCUGUCGCAUAGCUUUUGAACUCGUACUUCACGAGGUAUAUAUAAACUGACCUUGCGGGCCGCGGUGCAUGUGAAAGCACCGAGCUUCCGAGCAGAACGCACGUUCCACGCAGCACUCGACAGGCAUCGACAAUGAGCGAACCGCGCCAAGAAGCGUCCGGUCCACCACCGGGUUACCGCUUCGUCGUGCCAGAGCGACUACCCAGAGGCGAGGAGAUGAAGAUGUGCCUUUUCCUUCACUGCGACGUGAACGAACAUUACGACAUCCGAGAUUUUCGGCAGCCGCUGGAGGAAAUCGGAGUCCUGGGUCACGUCGCCGCUCUCGGAGUGUUCGUGUACAGCCACUUAUGGCUGCUGAAGCUCAAGACCGACGAGGCCAAGGAAGUUCUAGUGACCGCCGGGAGCCUGCGGGUGAAGGGGAGGCACUGCGCCGUUCUCGGUGCCGACUGCGAAGAGCUGUGGGUCAAGGUCCACUGCGUGCCGUACCACGCGACGAACGAGUCGCUGCGCGCGGAGUUCGAGCGCUUCGCGCACGUGAAGUGCGUGAGUCGCGGCACGUGGUCCCUGGCGGGGUUCGAAGGAGUCGAGUCCACCACCCGGCACGUUCGCAUGUGCCUCAAGCCGGGCGUCACGCGGGAAGAGCUGCCGCACGCGAUGCCUCUGUGCGACACCACCGUCCUCGUCGUCGUCCCAGGGCGGCCUCCGAUGUGCGUCAGGUGCCGUCGGACAGGUCAUUCGCGGCGGCUCUGCCUCACGCCCCUGUGCAACCGGUGCAGGGCGUUUGGUCACGUGAGCCAAGACUGCGUGAUCUCGAGCGCCCGUGCGAGCGCCCAGGCGAACGAAGACGCGCUGCAGUAUCUAGUAGACCAAGACGUGAUGGAGGUGAUCUUGCGCGCGGAACGCGACGGCGAAGUAGGGGCGGAGGCAACCGGGGUUACUAUUCCCGACGCCGCUCGGGUAGCAUCGCGAGCCGUCGAAGAUACGGCUGAGGAUCGCGGCGGGGACCUCGAUGUAUCGGAUGCCACGCUGUCUGACAACGACCGGACUAGUAGCGGCGCGGAAAAAGCCACGUCCCCCUCGGUGAGUGGUAAGGCGCCAUUGACCGUCGGUGACAACGAGCAGAGGGGCACGGAAGACGCCUCGUCCUCGGCCAGCCCCGAGGCGGCGGCAUCGACCCACCAGCCGAAGCGUCGAAUUUCUGAGGAAGAGAAAGAUGAUCUGCAGCUUAAGUACGAAAGGCAACAUCGCUUAAGGCACGGGCAAUCCCCCGGAUCCUUGAGCAAAAUGUCGUCGUCUUUUCGCAGGCCGAAUAUGCCUUACUGAACGUCUGCAGGGCCGUUCGGACAGCCUACUUUGCUGCUAGAAGUUUGAAACGUGUUUACCAUCAAGGAAGAAGGGAGUGCGCGCGAUCGCGGCUGACAUCUACCGGACAAAGCACUACGGAAGGGAAAAAACCUUACUGGACAGCCCUUCGUAGAGCGAAUGCGUGUUACUCGAACCCGGACCAAGAUACACAGCCACUCAUUCAAGAGAGCUGCAUCUUCCUGACAAGGUGGUCUGUUCUCGCCACCGCGAACUGCGGACGUCGCCUCCUCAUUGAUCGUUAUGAAACAUUCCAAGCACCGAGAGUCUAGUGGGUAAGAAGUGGUCAUUUGAUCCGUUUCGCGGCAUUAGCUAGCAACAGGCUGACCACGCACCAGAUGGCGUAGCGAUGUCUCCAUUCUCCCCACGUCAAAGGUGGUCCUCCUGCCAAACAUCCACGCGAUCGUGAUCAUUGCUGCCUUCCGCAAACAAUCCGCGUCUUUUCCAUAGCGACAACUUCACCUACAUGCGCUGCUCAUGUUGCCACUACGCCGGCUCCGUCAACGCUCGCCGCAUUUAGACGCCUCGCUGUUACGCACUUUCUCCUCAGGUUUCAGUAGUACCCCGACAGUCCCGAGAGAUCUCCCGGGACAUCAUGAGGCGUAUUGAAGCGAGUCUUGAAGUAUACAGGAAGACGUCCCUAAGUGUGCAGAAGAACGCGAGACGCCAGCAAAUCUAGAAGCUUCAUAUUACUGUACCCUGUAGAAUGGCCGAUACAAGCCAAAAAUAAUAUAUUUUUUUAAAAUACCCUGGCCUCCACUUGUGUCCGACAGAGAAAAGCGACCCAAAAACUGCCAGAUGUGACAAAGAACUGACAUGACACUUUUUACCUCUAAUUUCUUUUUCGUUACGUGACCGUUCUGGUAAUAAAUAAACGUCCAACUGCAAUAGC